UCGUUCCAUACAGAGAGAAUAGAGUUAGAAAUAUUAGUGCAAAUUUUGAUUCAGAAAAUAAUAUGCGAAAGAAAUAUGAAGAAUUUCAAGAAGUUUUACCUCAAGUUCUUCCAUUUUAUGCUGUAAAAUGCAACGAUAAUAUGAUGAUAUUAAGAGUUUUGGUUGCUUUGGGCAUUGGUUUCGAUUGUGCUACGAAAAAUGAAAUACAAACAAUGCUAUCAUUAGGCGUUUUACCCAAUCAAAUCAUAUUUUCACACCCAAUUAAACAAGAGUCACAUCUUCAAUAUGCUGCCUCCGUGAAUGUGGAAACAAUGACUGUUGAUUGUGUAAGCGAAUUGCAUAAAAUUAAAGCGAUAUAUCCAACGGCAAAAUUAGUUAUUCGAAUCGCCUGUGAUGACCAAUCGUCUCAACAUAAGUUUGGCGACAAAUUUGGUUGUGAUGCCGAUGAUGAAGCAUAUGAACUACUUUGCGUUGCCAAAAUAUUAAAAUUAAAUAUUAUUGGCGUAUCCUUUCAUGUUGGAUCUAGUUGUUGCGAUUAUAACACAUUCACAUAUGCAAUAGAAAUGGCUCAAAAAGUAUUCGCAUUAGGAAAAACUAUUGGAUUUGAUAUGGUUUUAUUGGAUAUUGGUGGUGGUUUUCCUGGAACAAACCAAACAGAGUUCCGUAAAAUUGGAAGAAUUGUUAAUGACGCCCUAGAUAAACAUUUUUCAUGCGAAAAUGUGCAUGUAGUAGCAGAACCUGGUCGAUAUUUUGUUGAAUCGGCUGUGUCUAUUGCAUGUCGAAUAAUUUCGAGAAAAAAACGGAAGGAAAAGUUUUCAGUUUAUUUAAAUGAUGGACGAUGUGGGUCA